AUGGGUAUAAGCGCUGUCCGUCGCUUCACGACCUCGCUAACGACGCAGAUGGUAUUUAGUUUUCGCACAACGAGCAUACAUAACGAGAAGCUAAAGAGGCUUUAUCACUGCGUUGAGAAAUGGAGCGAGGUCGUGGGUUCCUCUGCGGCUGCUAUGCUGGAUGUGUACCCACCCCUGAGGAACCUCGGGUUCAUGUCGCCCGGGAAAAGAUAUGCUGAGGCGCUGCAUAAGGAAGAGAGGGCUCUGAUACUUACCGAUGCUCAGCCUUGUUUCUGCGUAGGCAUUGUCGAAAGCCAAAAGACUCUCGGUUUCUCCGACGCCCUGGCCGGCUACAUCUCUGGAUCCGCGCUUGAGGCUGGUUCGGACACCACCGCAUCCACGCUGACUGGCUUCGUCCAAGCCAUGGUUCUACAUCCAUCGGUACAGAGGCAAGCCCAGGACGAGCUGGACCGAAUUUGCGGUACCAAGAGACUCCCGAACAUGGAUGACUGGGACUCGAUGCCCUACAUACGGGCAUGCGUUAAGGAGUCCCUGCGUUGGAUGCCGACUGCGAUCCUCGGCCUGCCGCACGCCGUCAUACAGGACGACGAGUACAUGGGCCACAAAAUUCCCAAGGGCGCAGGCGUCAUGCUGAAUGUAUGGGCCAUCAACAUGGACGAGAACCGGUUCGAGAAUCCCCGCGCUUUUGACCCUUCUCGUUACGAAGGCGACGAACAGAACUCGUUUGAGUCAGCGAUGAAUGGCGACGCGUCGAAGCGCGAUCACUACGUCUUUGGUGCUGGUCGACGGCUCUGCCAGGGAACGCAUAUCGCUGAUCGAUCGCUGUUCCUGAGUAUUUCGAGGCUGUUGUGGGCUUUCAGCCUUGAGAAAGCGAUUGAUACUGAGGGAAAUGAGAUUACACCAAACGCGGAUGACCUUACUGACGGGUUUCUGGUCCAGCCGAAGCCGUUCCCUGCGAAGAUUACGCCGAGGAGUGAUGCUCAUGCCCAGGUCAUCCGAAGGGAGUGGGAGGCGAGUCAGGCGCUUCUGGACGAGAGUAAGCAGUGGAAGGAGAUCCCGAGCGGAAUGGUUUUUGAGUCAUUGGUUUCGUUGGAUCUCAAGGAAUGA